CAAUGAUCCACACAAGAGAGGUGGUGGGGGAAGGGCCAGCCGGCAUCUGUCAGUUGUGGUUGUCAGUAGCUGAUGGUUGUGAGUACUGUGAGGUUCUGUUGUGGAUCGGUAGUUUGUGUACGUAAACAGCAGCUGUAGGUACCACUGGGACCAUGACUGCCAUCGACAAUCUCCAGCACUGGAGAGACAUGGCGGAGAACAGGAUACAGAAUGCGGCGAAAAUGACGAUGAUACGUCGGCAGCCAGUAGACAUUGAAUUCACAGAUCUGUGUUACAGCGUCCCCGUCAGCAGAACCUGUAACAAGCUGAUUCUGAGGAACGUUAGUGGCUACUUCAAGUCCGGAGAGCUGACAGCAAUUCUUGGGCCUUCCGGUGCGGGAAAGAGUACCCUCCUCAAUGUCUUAGCGGGCUACAGGAUAGGAGACUCCACCAAUUCGGUAUUAGUAAAUGGCGAGACAAGAGAUAUCAAAACGUUUCGGAAGCUUUCUAGGUAUAUCAUGCAAGAGGAUGUCCACCAACAUUGUCUCACAGUCCUCGAGUCCUUGCAGACUGCAGCAGAUCUUAAGUUGGGCAAAUCUGUUUCAAAAGAAGUAAAAAUGAAACAGAUAACGGAAAUUUUAGAUCUGCUAAGAUUAACGAAUUCCAAAGAUACAUACACGGCCAGGCUCUCUGGAGGAGAGAAAAAGCGACUAUCAAUAGCUUUAGAGUUAGUAAAUAACCCACCAGUAUUAUUUUUAGAUGAACCAACAACAGGACUCGAUGAUCUUUCUAGUGCGCAAUGUAUUACACUUUUGAAGAGCUUGGCAAGAGGUGGGAGAACUGUUAUAUGUUCUAUCCACACACCAAGUGCAAAGCUGUUCUCUUUAUUCGACAAUGUAUACAUUGUUGCACAGGGACAAUGUGUGUUUCAGGGUUGUGGUGAUGAUAUUGUUCCUUUCUUAGAGAGUCUAGAUAUUCACUGUCCUAAACAUUACAAUCCAGCAGACUUUAUAAUUGAUGUUUCAAGUGGAGAAUAUGGUAACCAUCAUGAGAAAAUGGUACGAGCUAUAGACAAUGGAAGGAAACAUAGAUGGUCUAAGAAAGAAGAACCUCCAAAAUUAAUCAGACUUGACAGUGGGAUUGAUGAUAUAAAAGAAAUGCCAGACUACGGAUGCAGCUCUUUAGAUCAAUUUACAAUAUUAUUGUCAAGAAUGUCUCUUCAAAUAUGGCGUGACUGGAGUAAUUUCUUGAUUAAAGUUAUCAUCCACCUUGGUGUUGGUGUGCUUAUGGGAUCAAUUUUCUACAAAUAUGGAAAUGAUGCUUCAAAGACUAUCUACAACUUCGGUUUCUGCUUCAUGUCACUGAUCCUAUUUAUGUAUGUGCCUAUGCUUCCAGCAAUUGUAUGGUUUCCGCAAGAAGUAAAGUGUAUAAAAAGAGAGUUCUUCAAUAGAUGGUAUGGUUUGAACGCAUAUUACUUCGCUCUCAGUAUAUCAAGAAUUCCAUUUCAGAUGGUUCAAGGCAUACUGUAUAUAGCAAUCGUAUAUCUUAUGACUGAACAGCCAUUGGAAAUAGAAAGAAUAGUAAAGUUUACCAGUAUUGUUGGUCUAGUCACUUUAUGUUCUGAAGCAUUUGGAAUGGCCAUAUCAGCUAGGCUAAGCAUUGUUAAUGGAAUAUUUGUAGGCCCAGCUCUAUCCGUCCCCAAUUUGCUUCUGUCUGUUUAUGGAAUGGGCUCGAGUAUCACUACUGUACCCAUGUGGAUAAGGAUAUCGAUGUACUUCAGUUACCUGAGGUUUGGUCUUGAAGGACUGAUUGUAACCAUUUAUGGAGGUGCAAGAGAACACCUGAUUUGCCCAGAAGAGGAAGUUUAUUGUCCUCUGAAGAUACCAAGACAACUUAUGAAGGAAGUGGGAAUGGAAGAUGCCAACUUCUGGAGAUCUUGUUUUUUCAUGAUGUUUUAUUUUAUUAUUUUCAAAGUUGUUUGCUACUUUAUCUUAAGGCAGAGGCUUAAGCGCUCACGUUCAUCUGGCUUGUUUUGGCUUAUUGGGAGAUUUAUCAAAACACAUUUUAAUCUUAAUCAUUGAUAUAUGGAUACAUUAAUAUAUUCAUAAAGAAGAAGUUUAAUGUAGUCCAUUACUAGGGAUUAUAAAAAAAAUUGAAAUAUCUAGGCUUAUCAAAUAUAGGUUAUAUAAAUGUUCAGGUGUUAAUCUCAGUUAAUGAGCAGGUGGUUUAAUGCAUCUGAUAUUUGCACAGGCCACAUCACAUUUACAAAUUUUAUUAAAAUUCCAUUUUAAAGUGAGGAUUCAGAAAUUUGAUAGAGUAAUUAAAAAAAAAUGAUAUAAUUUAGAAUUUACGACUAUAAUUUGUCAUAUUUCUAUGAAACUAUACUGUUUUUACUUUAUUUGAAAGCAUUGUUGGCCAUAAGAAAUUACUGUGGAGUCUGUAUGCCACUGAUAGGCUGCCAGUUUGAAACACAUAAAGGGAUGAAUGACAUCAGUUUUUGUAAAAUAAGCUCAAUACUAGACACCUAAGUUUUUAAAGACUGAAUUUUAAAAAUAUAGAUCAUGAAUUAUAAUGCUAUAUAUUUUAUAUGAACUAUGUUUUUAAUUUUUUUAUAUAUAAUGAGCAACAUGUAUAAUCAAUUAAUUUUCCAAUCUUGAUGCAUUUAAUCUUGCCUUUUUUUUUUAAAUACUAAAAGUGUUAGUAUUACUUGAUUAGGUUUUUCUCUCUUUUAGAAUAUAGAAUUUGUGAUAUUUGUUUAGAUAAGUGUAGGUAACAUUAGUUUUGUAUCAGUUAAAAACUGUAGAUAAUUUUAAUGAUAUACUUGUUUAUAUUUAAAAUAAAUUAUUUAAAAAUUACAUUUCAUCAAGCAAUAUUGUCAUACUUUAUAUUAGUUUUAGGAGUCUGAAGAUGUGUACUUUGAUAGCACAUGUAUACACAGAUGGUUACAAUUUUAUUGAAAUUAAGAAAAAGAUUAAAGAUAAAUAUAUAUUUUUAAUAUUGUAUGAAUUGAAAGGUGAAUUAGGAAAAACAAUUGAAAGCUUUUUCAAAAUGGUAUUUAGAAAAAGUAGGUAUUUAGUUAAAUAUUGUCAUUAAGUCACGAUGGUUGUACAUAUUGAGGUUAGGAUCCUGGAAAUCCUCGUUUGAAAAGUUUAUGGGCUUAAUUCCAUCCAGGUCCACUUGAUUUCUAUUUUGUGGCAAUCCUACAAAAAUAGUCUUGUCAUAACUAGUAUAGUACUGCAAUUAAAAGUUAAUCUUCGGUGUUUGGAAAAACGGUUAGUAGACCCACUUACUGAAAUAGUUUCCCGACCAAGAACUGUAAUAGUGUCAGUAAUAUUUUCACAAUUCAAGUCAUUUACUGAAUAAAAAAAAAAAAUUGUUAUUAGAAACUAAUAAAAAGUUCAUAGAGGUUGUGGUUUUUAAAACUUAUAUAUAGAAUAUAUACAUAUCAAUCAUUUAUUGUAAAAUAUUAAACUCCAACUUUCUUUUUAUCAAUAAUGAAUUCAUGAAUUAUUGAAGGAAGUUAGUCGACUGUUCUGCAUAUUAUGGGUAAUAAAUAGUCAGGAUGCAAUCAUUGCAAAUGUUUUUUAUUGGUACAAACGUUUCAAUCCCAGCAUGUGGGUCAUCAUCAGGGCGUGCUUAGAGCACUAAAGUUAUUCAAGUAUUCUUAUAAUUAAUUCUGAGUAAUUGAAUAACUUCAGAUGAUGACCCACAUUCUUGGAUUGAAACAUUUGCACCAAUAAAAAACAUUCGCAAUGAUUGCUUUCUGACUAUUUAUCACCCAUAAUAAUGAAUUCACUAUGAAUUUUGGUUGUUUAUGAUAAGGUUUCUAAAAUACAGAGAUAAAAAAUAAAUGUUAUUUUUAUUCAUAACUAAAAACAAUCCAAAAACCCUCAAAUAUUUGGGAGGAACAAUUAUUGCAGCUAUUGGACCUAUUUGUAAAUCUCAUUAUAAUUGUUUAUUUGUUAUUACAUCAUUCAAAUUCUUUCUUUUUUAUUGUUAAUCAAUGAAAUAGUUGAUAUUCAUAUUUUUCAUUAGGUGUUACCUUAUAUGGCAUAUUUAUUUUUAAAACCUCAAUAGGUUUUAAUUUAAAAUAAUGUUUUUUUGAAAUUAUGUAUAUAUUAGUAGCAAAUAGCAUUUAUUGUUGUUAGAUUUUUGAGAAUUAUUAUCUUAGUAGGGUUAUCGCAUAAAAGCCAAAAUUAGUUUGAAAAAUAAAACAUUGUUGUUUAAUUUUAGAACUUUUAUAUUCUACAGUUGCUUUGAGGUUAUAAAAAAAUUGUGUAUAUAGAAACGUAAAAUUUUUGUAUUUGUUAAUUUAUGUUUCUGUUUUAUGAAUAUAUGUAGGUACUGUCCUUUUUAUUCCUAGCAAAUGAAUUUAUUUUGUGAUGCAAUGUGACAAAUUGCAUUUAUCUAUAAAUUUAUAUGGAACAAUCCUUUAUAUUUUGUUUGGUAUACCAUCAAAUAGAUAAAGAAAAUAUUGACAAUAAAUAGAUAUUUUAUAUUUUUGUGAUGUAACUGAAUAAUAAUUAUGAAAUAAAAUAAAAAAUCUGUGAUCUAUAAUUGUCUUUAGAUAUCCUUGAAAAAAAAAUAUAUAUAAAUCUGUUUUGGGGUCUUAGAUAUAUUCAAACACCACUAUGGGGAAGAAAGGAGAUGAUUCCUUCUGGAUGCCAGUGAGAAAGAGUGGAAAGUGCCAUUUCCAGUACUGUAUCUUGUGCAACCCAUCGUUUUUGGUUUGCCAACUGGGAAGUGAUAAUUAGGAGACACUUUGAGAUGAUGUAUAAAUAUAAAUAGGUAUAAACAAAAAAUACAGUUGUCUUAUCCUUGAACAAACCCAAUCAAUCAUGUCAGAUGCACAA